AUGAAACUGCCGUCAACCCCAAGCUCGAAACAGUCUACAGCUCACAGUCUGGGCCCAACUUCGACGAUUGCUUCCAUGAGCCUCGACAACAACAGGGAUAGCAAGAGGAACCCUUCGAUUAUCUCCAUCUCGUCUACAACAACCGAAGUUCAGGCAGGACCUUCCACACCUAGCCGUGGUGCGAGAACAGGGCGAUUCGUUAGUUACGACCUUACAGGCCAUGGCAUGGAUGAGGACGAAGAUAUGCCGCCGAGGACCCCUCGUAAUAUGAAACGGACUGCUGCAGACAUGUCGUCUCCGAUUUCAACACCGCCUGGAUCGCCUAGUCUCUACCUAUCUCGAAAGACUGCACGAAAUGCGUCAGUGGCAGCACCAGCACCGGCUACUGGACAUAUGGCAGAAAGGAGCCAACAAGGAUACAGGGACUCGCCUUUCUGGGACGAGGAUGAUUCCCUUCUUGCCAUGGCUGCUGCGGCUCAGGAACAUCGCAGUCCCAGUGUGGCAGCCAGAUCAAGUCCGUUUGUGCAGCAGCUUUUAGAGACGGCUCAAUGCAGCGAGGCGGGUGCUGAUGAAGCUGCUCCUGCUGCUUCGACUGUAAGAGACUUUACGCGGGAGGCCAGUGUGAUUGAGAUGAGAAGGUCGGAGGCUGCGGCAUUCUUUUCGACACCGAAAAAACCAGUUGUUGUUGUUGAUCUUGUUCAUGGGCAGGACGACGGGAGCGAAGGUUGGGUGACCGACACGGAUGAGUCGCCUCGGUCACGGAGACACUCCAAAGUGGGUCAGGAAAACCCCGACUCUCAAACGGCCGAUCUGGCAACUUGA